AUGGAAGACGUUCUUGCUAAAUCUUGGGCACAGAUCAAAUGGGAGGAGGAUGAAGCUAACUAUUAUCACUCUUCUCCAAGGAAAGACACUCAAAGAGACUCAAGGGCAGGUAGACGGCAGAGUGAUAGACGAUCCGAGCCAUACCCGUAUCCCAACAGAUCAGAGAACAGAAGGAGGGAGUACAACCGGUCGUCCGAGACACGUCUACGAGAUGGACCAAAGAUACCAGAAUACAAUCUUUCAAUUUCACCAGCCGAAGUCGUUGGCGUACUGAAAGGACUCGAAGACAAAGUGAAAUGGCCGGAAAGGAUGAGGACUCUGUCUGACCAUCGAGACAAAGCAAAGCGUGGUCACCUAACUGACUUACUCACAGACAAAGGCAAAAGAACAUUCCAGCAGGAGGCAGACAGUUCAAUCGUCCGAAGAGAAGUAACCCCGCCGAAGCCACCUACUCAUGAACGGACAGUGAACGUAAUAACUGGUGGCUCUGAGGUAAGCGGAGUCACCCAUUCAGCAGCCAAAAGACAUGCCAGGCAGACCAAUUGGAUCAAAGGAGAGUCCAGCGAGACAGAGAAGAAUACCAUCAACCUUCCAGCUCAAACCAUCAGUUUCUCAACAACAGAGUAUACCAGACUCCUCAACCCACAUCAUGAUGCUCUUGUCAUUGCACUUUACAUUGCUAAUUGUCUUACUAAACGUAUACUUAUUGAUAAUGGCAGUUCAGUUAACAUUUUAUUUUUAAGUGCUCUCAGGGAAAUGGGGAUAGAUGAAUCAAAGAUUAUAAAGAAGACUACAAUCCUCAUCGGUUUCAGUGGAGAACAAAAUAACACACUAGGAGAGAUCGAGCUACAUGUCUAUGCCGAAGGACUCAAUCUGUGCACAAGAUUCCUGGUAGUAGACUCUCCGUCUGCUUACAACGUGAUACUGGGUCGACCAUGGAUACAUGAAAUGGAGGCAGUCCCUUCAACAUACCACCAAGUCCUAAGGUUCCCAACUAAGUGGGGAGUAAAAGAAAUUAAAGGCCAACAGAAAGAUUCGAGAGCAUGUUACCAAACUACCAUGAAGGCCAAACCCGCUCAGUUAUAG